AUGUCUAUAACACAAGUUAAUGAAGAUGGAGUAUUAUCAGACUCAGAGACGUCAACGUCUUCAGAUACUAAUUCAAAUGAAAUGGAUUCUUUAAAUGUAGAUAAUAAUGAGCAUCAUGAAAUUACCUCAAAUGCUAAUUCAAUAGAUUGUAGUGAUAGUAAUGCAGAUUCAGAGGAAAAUUCAGAAGAAGAGGAUUUAGAAGAUGAAGAAGAUUCUGAUUAUGAUGAGGAAGAUUCUGAGGGGAGCGAAUAUGCUCCUUCUGUAAGUAAUUAUAAAGAAGUUAUAGCUAAUUGGGAUGACUUCGAAUUUGACGAUAUAUCUGAAUCAGCUGAAGUACAAGAAGCAGAAAUUUAUUCAAAAUUGCAAAUGGCUACUAAAAUGAUUGGAUUUGGUAGGAGGAAAGAUGCAUUUCUUCAUUUAAUAGAACUAUUUCAACGCAAAAACUUUCAAAAAUAUCAUAUAGAUCCUACCAAUUAUUGUAUACCAGAUGCUAAAGAAGAUUCUUCAUUAGUUUCCACAAUUGCUAAAGCUUAUUACACAAUAAAUGCUCAUUUAGCAACACUUGUAGUUAAUCCUGUUCCAUUUUAUAUACAAUCAAUAUGUAUAAAUCCUAAUGAAAAACUUUUUUAUGAUUGUGGAAAAGCAGCAAUAAGAAAUAAUGAUUAUAAUACAGCUAUUAAUAUGCUUAAAAGAUGUGGAAAAAGAAGGGAAGUUAUUCAAGGUCUUCUGAUUUCUUACUAUUUUACUGGAUGUAUUUUGGGUGUUUUAAAUUCAGCAGAAUGGCUUUUAUCUGAAUGUUCCACAAAUAAUUUGGUGAUAGCGGUACUAGAAAAGAUACAAAAUUAUAAUACUUAUUGGUUUAAUGUAAUUGAAGAAAGAUUUAAUCUUUCUAAGUUCUCUGUUGACAGGACUUUAAUUGAUAAAAUUAAAACAUCAUUAGAUGAUAUCAAUGAUGAAAUUAUAAAAAACAAAGUUGUUAAAAAAAAACAAGAUAAAUUGAUUAGGGUUGAGGUUGUGAGUGACUCUUCAUUACAAUGUUUUAUAAGACAAUUGAUCAAAAUUUUAAAAAUAUCAGAAAAAAGUUAUGAUUUAAAUAUGUCAAAAUUUUGGUUUUCAUUAAAAUAUGAAUCUGAAGAUAUGGAAACUUCUCAAACAAAUCCUAUAAAUGAAACUUGCAAUGAAUUAGUAUUUAAUAAAGAAAUAACAAAUAAAAUAUCGGUAACUGAAGAAUGUUAUCAAGUACUAAACGAAGCAAUAGAUGUCAUAUCAUUGGUAGAUGAAAUGAUUGAUAAUGUUGUAGAUAAUAAUUUUGUUUGUGAAAAUUUAAAAAAACCUACAAGUUUUCCUGAGGAGGAAGUAUAUGAUACAAGUUACUUAGAAAAAUUUCAAUAUGACACUUCACCUUUUGGUCGAAUAAAGUUAAGAAAUAGAAAACAGCCUUCGAUUUCAAGUGAUUUAUCAGAACAGGCAUAUAGUUAUUCAGAAAGUUUAAAAAUUUGGAUGGGUAUAAAUAAUGUAACAAGGAAAGAGAAAUUUUUUGAAAAAUAUCAUGAUAAUUUUACAACAAUAAAAAAAUACUCUGAACCUACUUUUAGUGAUAACUAUUACGAGGAACCAAAUGAGGAAGAACGUGUUAAUAUUGAAGAAUAUUAUCAAAUAAUUUGCAAAGUAUUUUCUCAAGAAAAUGCAGCAUUUUCUUUUCAAAUUAUAAAUCAUUUUUUAAAGUAUCUUGCUGAUCAAAAAAAUAAAUCAAUACCAAGACGUAGUUGGAUUUUAUUAUUCAGACUCUAUGAAUCGUAUCUUAAUUAUGUAUCAGAUAUCGACACAACAUACUCUUUGUAUAAAGUUCAUAUGAUGAUGGCUGAAUUAAAAAAUCCAAAAGCUAAGAAAAUUUGUGCCAGACUUUUUACAAUGAAUCAUUAUGAACUUCGUGAAGAUUAUGAAAAGUUUUCUCCUGAAAUGAAAUAUGAAUUUAAGUGUUUGUCUGUACGAUUUGCUUGGUUAUUUUCAUUUUUCUGGAACUGUGAGCCAGUUUUAACUAAAAAAUUAGCUCAAUGUUACCUAAGAGCUAUAAUUAUAUAUGAUGGAAGUGAAAUUUGGUCUUUUAAAGAUAAACAUCAUGUUAUUAAUGCUCGUACAUUUGUAAGAAGAGCUGAUAUUAUAAUGAAACUAUUUUUAAAAAAUGAAACUUGUAAAGAUUAUGAAAAAGAACAAUGGGAUAAUUUAUUGGAAAAAUUAAUACAUCAAGUAAAUUGGAUGGAUGAUAAAGAGGAAGAAAAACUUGGCUUUUUAAGUAUGUUUUUUAAGGCUUUUUUUCAUAAAAAAGAGUAUAGUAAAAUGGUAAAAGCAGGAAUAUUAAUGAUGGAAAUUAUAAAUUCUAUAAUGUUAAAAGAUGGAUUAAAUGAUCAAACAAAAAAUUUACUAACUGUUGUAUGGAAAGAAAUUGACUCUUUAGAAAUAGAUCAAUUAAGUCAGUUUUUAACUAAAGAUGAAUUGGAAGAUUUAGGAUUAUCGUUAUCACAAUUUAUUGAUGUUCAAACUAUAAAUAGAAAUAGUUCCCUUUGGAUUUUAUGUUUUAAAAUUGCCAAAAUAAUAGAAGGAGAAUUUGAUACAAAAGAAAAAAUAUUAAAAACUUUUAGUGAAAUUGGUGAAUAUACUUUGGAUGCAUUACCAACUAAAUCUCUUAUGGUUCUCCUUUCUGCUCAUGAAUAUUUAUCACAAUUUGAAUGUUGUACUAUAAAUGAAGGAAAGAUUUUAAGAUUAUUUUUAAAAGAGUUAAAAAAUGUCAUAAGAAAAAAUGAUUUAAUGAAAGAAAUUUUAUCAAAUACAAAUAAUCAUUAUCUUAUUAAAGAUAUAAAUCGUGUAGUAAACAUUGAAAUGUAUCAAAGUAUAUAUUGUAUUUUUAAUGAUUUACCCAGAAAAAAUCGUCCAAAAAUAGAAGAACAUAUAACAGAUUUAGUAAAACCAGAUUGGGAUUUGGCGAAUAUUAUUAUACCAUUAAUUUUACCUGAUAAAAUACCUAUGUAUGAUGAUAAAUCAAAACUUGGUAGUGAAAUUUUAGAUAUUAUUGUUAAUAAGUUUGCUUUUGUUAUAAAUUAUGAAGAAUAUGAUGGUGAUCGAUUACGGGUAAAUGAUGAAUUUAGUAUUUUUUGGAGAAGAAAAUCAGUUGGUAUACUUUCCAUUGACUAUGGGAAAGAUAAUAUUUCUGAUUUAAAAGAAUGGCCAACAUUAAAAGUAUCUAAAAAAAAUAGCAAAAAAGCUUACUUAAGUGCUUUAUCUUUAUAUAUUUUAACUUAUUUUAAUUUUCAAAAUGCUAAUACAAAAUCAGACUGUAUUAAAUAUGCAUUGUCAAUGAUAUCUUUAUCCUCAUCAUUUAUCUUAUCACAAUUACCAUUAAGAAAAGUUUAUUUAGAAUUUGAAUCACAUUUACUUCCAUUUUAUAUGUCUUUGGCUUGUAAAGAAAAUGAUUCAUUAAUAUUUUUUGAUAUUGGUUGCGUACUCCAUCAAUUAAGAGGAAUGUUUAAAGAAAUACUAGAAAAAAUAACUGUUGAUGUAUAUUAUAGAAAUAAACUUUUACGUCUUAUAAAUGAAUUACCUAAGAAAUCACUGAAUUUUUUGGAAAAAUGCAGAGAGUAUAAUGAUCCAGAUGAAACACAUAUUACCUGGAUUUUAGAUUACAUGUGUGCUAAAGUUUCUGCUAAAGACAUUUCAAUUUCAUGUGAAGUACCUUUAAGAUAUUACUAUAAUACAAGUGUUAUUUUAAGAAAUGAAGAAUAUUAUUGUCCAUUAAAAAUUUUAAAACAUAAUCAAACAAAUUAUGAACCAUUAGAAAUUUAUUAUAAAGUUCAUUCAUUUAUUUAUAAACGUAAUUUAGAACUAAGAAAAUUUUAUAAAAAAUCAAUAAAAAAAGAAAAUCAAAAAGAAAUUUUAAAUGAAAUUAAAAUAAUAUAUCGAUAUCUUGUAGCUUUUAAAUCUCAUGAUGCUGUAAAAGAAACACCUUUAUCUCCAAGUGAGUAUGAGGAUGCAUUUAAAGGAGACAAUUUAUCUAUUUAUUUUUUGAUGGAAGAUAUGAUAUAUGAAAUUGACAAAUCUUCAAAAGAUGAAUUUUAUUUGUUGUCAAAUAAUGUCAAAAAACAAUGUUUGGAAGCGUUUAAAAUUGUAACUAAACGUUUCAAACAUUAUAAAGCUUUAUAUAGAUUAGCAGAAAUUGAUUAUCAUAAGGGAAAUGAUGGAGAUUGUUUUGAAAAGAUAUAUGGUCAAAUUUUUGGAAGAAAAAGAGUAAGCAUAUUGAAUCAUGCUUUUGAAAAUUUUCCUUUUAUCAAAUCUGUAGAUAUUCAAAGAAUACCAAGUUUAAAACAUCAUGCAGGAAAAAUUAUGGAUUUAGUUUUAGAAAUGGCUAUAAAAGAAAGAAGUUGUAUAAAUGUUGGUCACAUAUUAUAUUCAGUUUGUGUUUCAACACUCAGUGGUAGUUAUCUUUUUGAGCAUGAUAUUAUACGAUAUAAAAAAACUUGUCUUAAUUUCUUAGAAAAUGAGGCAAUUCAAGCAAAGAUAGAUAAAAGUUUGGGAAAAGAAUCAAGAGUUUCUCAUGAUUUGUAUUGUAUUUUUGAUGCUUUUUCCAAAACAAAAUUUAUUCAUGAAACAAAAAUUAUCGGUUCAUUUCAAAAAUAUAUACUUUUUGAAAGCAGUAGUAAAAAGAACUUGAAAAAAAGAAAAGUAACUACAUCAGAAAAAGGUGUUCCAGCAAAAAUUUGUAAAUCUUCAGGCGCAGAAGUUUUUUCACUUUCAACUUCAAAUGUUGAUUUUAUAUCAUGUCUUAAAAAUUUAUUACCUAAGUAA